AUGAGCACAAGUAGUACCCGUGGACGAGAUACUAGGGGCCGUGGUAGAGGCCGUAGAGGGGCUCGAGCUGAGUCUCUUGCUUCUGAUACUAUACCUGUGGUGGACGCUAGUGAGACACUGGCAUCGCCUACGACGGAUAGUGGGACAAGACCGUAUGAUCGUACGACUGAGGAUGACGUACUGUCCCAAGCCAUGCUUCUUAUUCUAGAAAGGGUCGCUAGACCCAACACUGGUACCGGAGGCAGUGGGUCAGUUUCGGAACGUCUCCAAUCGAAUAGAGCAGAAGUAUUUAGGGGCAUUUCUAGAGUAGCCCCGAAUGUGGCUAAGUACUGGUUGGAAGCCACGGAGAGAAUAAUAGAUGACCUGGAUUGCACGGCUGAACAAAAGCUGAAAGGGGCGAUAUCACUACUUAGGGAGGAAGCUUACCAGUGGUGGUUGACUGUGAAAGAGGGCACCCAACUUGAGCGGAUUACCUGGGAAUUCUUUAAAUCUGUAUUUCAAGGGAAGUACGUCGGGGCAAGCUAUGUAGAUGCCCGGAGGAAGGAAUUCUUAAACUUAACUCAAGGGGAUCGGUCUGUGGCUGAGUAUGAGGCAGAGUUUUUGCGACUUAGCCGAUAUGCCCUUGGAAUAGUAGCAACAGAGUAUGAACGUUGUGUUCGGUUUGAGGAUGGCCUCCGGGAUAGUCUACGAGUAUUAAUAGCUCCACAGAGGGAGCGAGAUUUUGCGGUAUUGCUAGAGAAAGCUAAGAUAGCUGAGGAUGUGAAACGCACUGAGUGCCAGAGCUGGGAAAAGAAAAUGAGUAAAAACAAAAUAGAUUUAAAGCCCUCCAAUUCUGAUCAGAGGCAUAGGAAAAGUGCCAAGGCAGAUGGGCCGGUCCGAGCUGAAGCUCCUGUUGCUGCUGUUAGAUUACAACCUUGUGUUGAUUACGAGAAAAGCCAUUAUGGCGAAUGCUGGAAAAGGAUUGAAGCCUGUUUAAGAUACGGAUCUAUGGAGCAUCAUUUCAGAGAGUGUCAUCGGAAACCAGAUUAUGGACAAACUACUGGUACGGAUAAUAUACAGCCGCCGAGGGGUGGUCAACAGCCAGCAAGAGGCCGUAGCAAUGGAAUGGGUCGUGGUCGUGGAGCACCGACAGGGGUAUGGGACAUGCUGAGGCGAGACAGCCAGCCUUGGUCUAUGCAGCAUGUCGCCGUGAGGAUGGAGACGCUCCAGAAGUAG